GAAACGAACACUGGAGGACGACAGGCGGGCAUGGCGGCGGGCAAGUGGUGUCGAGUUCUUACUGGAUGCCGCAUGCAUGCGUUAAUGAGAGAUCACACCUGUGGAAUAUCGUUAUUGAAGAAAGCGUGUCCAAUCAGACAGUUUGCUGCAGUGAAAGCUUCCAAAAAAGUACAGACUGAUCCAAAGAGAGAAAGCAACAAGCCUAAAGUUGAGAAAAAGACCAAUUCCUGCAGGAAUAGAACACGUCGUUUGACAGCCUUGGAACCGAUUGAUGAUGUUUACCAGGUCCAGUAUUAUCCAAAGCCAGUGUUUGACAUUGAGACAGCGAUUGACUCUCUGAAGAAGUUUCAGCAGUUAGAUUUUACAUACCCAAAGCAGCCUGUUUACAUCGAUUUGCAGCUUGACAUGAAAUUGGAAAAAAAGAAAAAAGUGGAUCCAUUUAUCAGAAUAUUACAGUUGCCGUACAAUUUUAGGACACAGCUCAACAGCGUGGUUGUGUUCACGGAGGAUCCAGAAGAAGUUACUGUUGCUCAGCAGCAUGGAGCAGAUGUCGUGGGAGGAAUGGAGCUCAUUCAGAAAAUCUUGGAUGAAGAAGUUCAAGGGGAUUUCUAUGUCUCUACUCCUGAUAUGGUAUCCAAACUAGUGCCUCUCAAAAACAAGCUAAGGAAAAGAUUUCCCAAGAACAAACGGGGCUCUGUAGGACACAAUAUUCCUGAAAUGAUAAAAGUAUUUCAAGCUGGCCAUGAAUAUCAGGUGGAGCGUGAUUGUUUCGUUCUAUCCAAAGUGGGAACGCUGGACAUGCCAAAAGAACACAUUACAGCUAAUGUUGCAGAAAUCCUCAAGGAUGUUUGUACCCAAAGACCAGUGAGUUUUGGUCCAUUUGUUAGAAGAGCCAUUAUUUGCAGUGCAACCAGCGAGUCCUUGUUGUUUAAAGCAGAGCCUUUCUUGCCUCAAAUAACAGAAGACAAUGAAGAGAAUCAGCACAAUGGUUAAUUAUUGAUAUUUUAUGUACAGAUGCACUGUUAAAUAUUGUUUUGCUUUGAUAUGACAUGUUAUGCAAUAAAUCUUUUAAAUGUUA